GGAAACACGGCGCCGCGGCGAAAGAUGGCGGCGCCCAGGCGGACCUCGAGCGAGUAGGUGGCGAGGCUACGGACUUCAGGUGACGGCGGAGGACCAGGGGCAGGGUGUCCAGUUCCUUUGUCGGAUCCCGCCCUAGAGUCUUUUGUCUGCACCGGAGCAGCUGUGACCUCUUCGGCGAAUAGAUCUAGGGCACGACCCUUCCUCCACGGGCGGCAGAGGCUGAGACUCGGUGACUUCUCAUUGCUGACUCGGGUGGUCCCAGAGACUUAACUGGAGAACCCGAUCGUCAAGCCCUAGGGUCAGUGGUGAGACCCCUCUCGGGGUUGGAUCCUGGCACUGGACGAUAGGUUGCAAUGGGUAAAUGAGACGGGAUCCCCACACAGAAGCAGUGCUGGGAAGCAGUACUGGAAAGAGUCGUACUGGGGAGGCAGCUGGAGCGUCAAGAUGUUGUCAAGACCAAAGCCAGGGGAGUCCGAGGUGGACCUGCUGCGCUUCCAGAGUCAGUUUCUUGCUGCUGGUGCAGCCCCAGCAGUACGAUUGGUGAAGAAAGGAAAUAGGAGACGUGGCGAUGCUAACCCAGACCAGCCUCUGCAGCAGGAACAUCGGGAUGUGGUGAUGUUGGACAAUCUCCCAGAUUUGCCCCCAGCUUUGGUUCCUGCUCCUCCAAAGAGAGCCAGGCCCAGCUCUGGCCAUCCCCUGCCUGAAGAUGAGGACCCUGAAGAGAGGUUGAGCAGGCAUGAUCAGCACAUCACUGCCGUCUUGACUAAGAUUAUUGAACGAGAUACGAGUUCCGUGGCUGUGAAUCUGCCAGUGCCCAGUGGCGUUGCUUUUCCCCCUGUAUUCCAUCGCUCACAGGAAAGACAGAGGAAGCCAGCAACAUCUGGUAAGAGAAGCAUCUUUGCCCAGGAAAUUGCAGCAAGGAGGGUGUCUGAAGCCAGGGUCCCAUCAGUUGGGGAAGUUUUGCCUAAUCUGGAUCCACCAGAAGGUGCUAUGACCUCUGAGGCAUCCACUUCUAGGGAGCAGGAUGACCAGCUUCCCGUGAGCAGCCACAGCUUUCAGGGACCCCAUCUUGUCACAGGGAAGGGGCUCAGGGGCUGGGAGGCUGAGAAGGAAGCCCAGACCAUCCAUGAAGAGAAUGUAGCAAGACUGCAAGCCAUGGCUCCUGAGGAGAUCCUGCAGGAACAGCAGAAGUUGCUGGCUCACCUUGACCCCAGCUUAGUUGCCUUCCUGAGAUCUCACAGCCGUACCUGUGAGAAAGCAGGAGAGGAGGCCACUGAGGGGGAGAGGCCAGGUGUUCAUGUCACCAAAGAGGAACCCAUCAUGUCAACAUCAGCCAAUGAGCCCAGGAAGGAAGACAAGCUAAAGCCAGGAGCCCCAGCUCUAGCACUGCCCUUGACCCCCCACAAAGAAUGGCUGCACAUGGACACUGUGGAGCUAGAGAAGCUCCAUUGGACCCAGGACCUGCCCCCACUCCAGCGGCAGCAAAUGCAAGAGAGGAUGCAGGCCCGGUUCAAUCUUAAGGGAGAGCUGCUGGCCCCUGAUGUGGACCUUCCCACCCAUCUGGGCCUGCACCACCAUGGAGAGGAGGCGGAGAGAGCAGGGUACUCCCUACAGGAGCUGUUCCACCUGACCCGCAGCCAGGUGUCCCAGCAGAGAGCACUAGCACUGCAUGUGUUGACCCAGGUCAUUGGCAGGGCCCAGGCUGGUGAGUUUGGGGACCAGCUAGUGGGCAGUGUCUUACGCCUCCUUUUGGAUGCUGGUUUCCUCUUCCUGCUGCGCUUCUCCUUGGAUGACAGAGUGGAUGGGGUCAUCGCAGCUGCCAUUCGCGCUCUUCGGGCUCUGCUAGUGGCUCCUGGAGAUGAGGAGCUCCUUGACAGCACUUUCUCUUGGUACCAUGGAGCUUUCAUGUUCCCUCUGAUGCCCAGCCAAGAGGACAAGGAGGAUGAGGACGAGGAUGAAGAACCCCCAACAGAAAAGGCAAAAAGGAAGAACCCUGAGGAAGGAAGCCAUCCUGCACCUGACCUGGCCCGAGAUGAUGUCAUCAAGGGGCUCCUGGCUACCAACCUGCUGCCUCGGCUGCGCUAUGUACUGGAGGUGACCUGCCCAGGACCUGCUAUGGUUCUUGACAUCCUGGCCGUGCUCAUCCGCCUGGCCCGGCAUUCCCUGGAGUCAGCCACAAGGGUCCUGGAGUGCCCUCGGCUGAUAGAGACCAUAGUUCGAGAGUUUCUGCCCACCAGCUGGUCCCCUGUGGGGGUGUGGCCUAUCUCCAGUCUACACAAAGUGCCCUGUGCUCCUGCCAUGAAACUCCUUCGUGUCCUGGCCUCGGCUGGUAGGAAUAUUGCUGCCCGGCUGUUGAGCAGCUUUGAUCUCCGGAGCCGCCUAUGUCGCUUUAUAGCCGAGCCUCCCCAAGAACUGGCCUUACCUCCAGAAGAAGCCGAGAUACUGAGCACGGAGGCCUUCCGUCUGUGGGCUGUGGCUGCCUCCUAUGGCCAGGGCGGUGUCCUUUACAGGGAGCUAUACCCAGUGCUGAUGCGGGCCUUGCAGGCUGUGCCUUUGGAGCUUAGCACUUGUCCACCUCAGCCCCUGUCCAUGCAGCGGAUAGCCUCAUUGCUCACUCUCCUCACACAGCUGACCCUGGCAGCCGACAGCACCCCUGAACCCACCAGGGACUCUGCUGAGGCCAGCCUGUCGGCCACCCCUUCCUUGAUCACUUGGACACAGGUUUCUGGCCUCCAGCCUCUCGUGGAGCCAUGUCUAAGGCAGACCUUGAGGUUGCUGCCCAGACCUGAGAUGUGGAAUGCCCUGGGCCCAGUGCCCACUGCCUGCCUGCUGUUCCUGGAUGCCUACUACCAGGCCUGGAGCCAGCAACCAAGCUUGUGCCCGGGGGAUUGGCUUCAGGACAUGGAGCGCCUGUCAGAGGAGCUGUUGCUGCCACUGCUGAGUCAGCCCACUCUGAGCAGACUGUGGGAUUCCCUUAGGCACUGCUCCCCUCUCUGCAAUCCGCUGUCCUGUGCUCCGCCCCCUGAAGCUCUCCCCAGCCUCGUGUCACUGGGCUGCGCAGGAGGCUGCCCCCCUCUCAGUCUGGCUGGCUCAGCCUCACCCUUCCCAUUCCUCAUUGCCCUCCUCUCUGUCUUCAAUACAUUGGCCCGGAUCCACAAGGGGCUAUGUGGCCAGCUGGCUGCCAUAUUGGCUGCCCCAGGACUCCAGAACUACUUCCUCCAGUGUGUGGCUCCUGGAGCUGGCCCACACCUCACACCCUUCUCUGCAUGGGCCCUGCGCCACGAGUACCAGCUGCAGUACCUGGCACUCUCCUUGGCCCAGAAAGCGACAGCACUCCAGCCAGUGCCGGCCACCAAUGCUGCCCUCCAUCAUGGUAUGGCCCUGGCCCUGCUGAGCCGGCUGUUACCUGGAAGUGAGUACCUUGCCCAGGAGCUGCUGCUGAGCUGUGUAUUCCGGCUGGAGUUCCUCCCAGAAAGAGAAUCAGGAGGUCCAGAGGCAGCUGAUUUCUCUGACCGACUAUCCUUAGGGAACAGCAGGGACCCUCAGUGUGGGCGAGGGACUCUACUAGCUCAGGCCUGCCAGGAUCUCCCCAGCAUCCGUAGCUGCUACCUGACCCACUGCUCACCGGCCCGAGCCAGUCUGCUGGCCUCCCAGGCUUUGCACCGAGGGGAGCUACAACAGGUCCCAUCCCUGCUGCUGCCCGUGCCUAAGGAGCCGCUGCUGCCUGCUGACUGGCCUUUCCUGCCAUUGAUUCAUCUCUACCACCAGGCUUCAGACACUCCUUCAGGUCUUACUCCCACUAAUACCAUGGAAACAGCUGUACGGGUCCUGCAGUGGGUGCUAGUUCUAGAGAGCUGGCGCCCCCAGGCCCUCUGCGCUGUGCCUCCUGCUGCCCGCCUGGCACGGCUCAUGUGUGUGUUUCUGGUGGACAGUGAGCUGUUCCGGGAGACCCCAAUACAGCGUCUGGUGGCAGCCCUCCUUGGCCAGCUCUGUCAGCCUCAAGUCCUGCUAAGCCUCAACCUGGACUGCCCACUUCCUGGCCUGACAUCUUUCCCUGACCUCUAUGCCAACUUUCUGGAUCAUUUCGAGGCUGUCUCUUUUGGGGACCACCUCUUUGGGGCUCUGGUCCUUCUUCCCCUGCAGCGUCGGUUCAGUGUCACCCUGCGCCUCACCCUGUUUGGGGAGCACAUGGGAGCCUUGCGAGCUCUGGGCCUGCCUCUGACCCAGCACAUCUCAUUUCCCCUGUCACAGUUGCCUGUAUCCCUGGAGUGCUAUACGGGGCCUCCUGAAGACAACCUGGCCCUCCUUUGUCUCUACUUCCGGGCCCUGGUUACUGGUGCACUCCGUCCACACUGGUGCCCUGUGCUCUAUGCUGUGGCUGUGGCUCACGUCAAUAGCUUCAUCUUCUUCCAGGACCCAAAGAGUUCAGAUGAGGUAAAAGCUGCCCGCAGGAGUAUGCUGCAGAAAACUUGGCUGCUGGCUGAUGAGCGUCUCAGGCAGCACCUCCUCCAUUAUAAGCUUCCCAGUUCUACCCUCCCAGAGGGCUUUGAGCUGUAUUCCCAGUUGCCACCUCUGCGUCAGCAGUACCUCCAGAGACUAACGUCAGGACUCCAAAAUGGGAUAUCAGAGACCUAGAACAGUCACUAUGGAUGGAGAGAUGGAUACAUUCUCCUGGAGUUCACCAACAGAUGCCUGGCCAGACAGAAGGGCAUUGUAUCCCAAGGGAAGGGAGGAGACAAAGGAGCAGAAGGCUUGCCUUCCUGGGAGCAGAUUGUUUGAGCUCUUUUGGAGCAGAAUGAGCCCUACCAUUACAUCGUGAUUUCUGACACUCAGUAUCUGGGGCUUCUGAGGGUCUGUGCUGGGAGUGAAGGGUGACUUAGCUAUUUACCCCCUCUUUGGGAACAGGACAAACUAAGUACACCUCUCCUUACCUACAUCCAACCCCCACCUCACGCCAUGGUAUGUGAAUGCUAUAGCUGUGUAUUAAAAUAAAAAAAUUUUUAAUCUGGGAA